ACUUUUCACUGCAGCCUGUCUCAGAUGGAGUUAGUGCUGCUAUCAUUUAAAGGCAGCAAGAUAUCAUCAAGAAAAACAACUCUAAAAUUUAUCCAUCUUCCUGAAGUCAAUUGCCUAGGAAAGACGUGAAUGCAGAAAACUUAGAGAAUCAGCUCUGCAUGUGUUAUCUGUUUUGGAUUUCCAAGUGAAAAUAAUUACUGGAAAGCCUGAGAUUAUUACCGAUGCUAAUAUAGUGAUUUUUCUCCCUCCUGUCAUUUUUAAAACUUCAGUUGUAUGAACUUUGAUUUCCAUAGCUCUAAAUGAAUUUUGCAAUGUCAACUGUGAAGGUUGAACUGGAAUAUCUUUCUCCUGAAGGCUUCAGAUAUGAGCAAGCUUCCAACUCAGAUUUUACUUUAACCUCUUUGACCGAGCUCUCUGGUGAUUCUAGCCAGUUGGAACUUCCACACUCCCGUUCUUUUCCUGAUGACUUGCAAAAGGGCUCAUCUCUUCCUGAACUUGAGAGGAGUGUGUGGGCUGCCAAUGGCAUAUAUAAUGAAGGAAUGAAUAUGAGCAAGAGUGAGAUAGCGAAAGAAACUUCGUUAAAACCAUCUCGGAGAUCCCUGCCUUGCCUGGUCCAGAACUACGCCUGCUCAAAGAGCUUGAGCCAGUCCACGUCACUCUUCCGGUCAGUUGAGAGUGAAUCUCAGGCUCCCACUUCUUUAACUUCAGUCUCCGCUGACAAAACAGAGCAAGUUAAUGCUGAGGACAGAAAAGACUUUGUGCUCAAAUGCUCUUUUGCUGACCUCAGCGAUUUUUGCUUAGCCCUAGGAAAAGAUAAGGAUUACCUGGAUGAAUCAGAACAUGCUAAUUAUGACCGGUCUCUGCUCAUUAAAGACUUUGUUCCCAAAGAUAAUUCUGAAUCCAAGAGAAGAUUGCCUAAGAAUGACAUGAAUUACAUAGCAUCCAGUGGGCUUCUAUUCAAAGAUGGGAAAAAGCGGAUUGAUUACAUCCUGGUUUAUAGAAAGUCAAACGUACAAUAUGACAAAAGAAAUACAUUUGAAAAGAACCUCAGAGCAGAAGGCUUGAUGUUGGAAAAGGAGCCAGCUGUAGCAAAUGCUGAUAUCAUGUUUAUUAAAAUUCACAUUCCAUGGGACACGCUGUGCAAGUAUGCAGAGAGGCUGAAUAUCAGGAUGCCCUUCAGGAAAAAAUCCUACUACACUGACGGGAGGAACAAAUCAAUGGGCAGGGUGCACAGUUAUUUUCGAAGACUCAAAAAAUGGAUGUCCCAAAACCCAAUGGUUCUCGACAAGACAGCUUUUCCAGAACUGGAGGAGUCAGACUGUUAUACCGGCCCCUUCAGCCGUGCACGAAUUCACCACUUCAUCAUAAACAAUAAGGACACCUUCUUCAGCAAUGCCACUCGGAGCAGAAUAGUCUAUCACAUGCUGCAGCACACCAAAUAUGAAAAUGGAAUAUCAAAAGUGGGCAUCUGUAAACUUAUUAACAAUGGCUCUUACAUAGCAGCUUUUCCCCCACAUGAGGGCGCCUACAAGAGUAGCCAGCCCAUCAAAACCCACGGACCUCAGAAUAACAGACAUCUAUUGUAUGAGCGCUGGGCACGCUGGGGGAUGUGGUACAAGCAUCAGCCCCUGGAUUUAAUCAGGCUAUAUUUUGGAGAGAAGAUUGGGCUAUACUUUGCUUGGUUGGGAUGGUAUACUGGAAUGCUGAUUCCUGCAGCACUGGUUGGCUUGUGUGUGUUCUUCUAUGGAAUAUGUACAAUGAAUGCAAGUCAAGUAAGCCAAGAAAUUUGCAAGGCUACUGAAGUCUUCAUGUGCCCUCUCUGUGACAAGAACUGCUCACUACAGAGACUCAACGAUAGCUGUAUCUAUGCCAAGGUGACAUAUUUGUUUGAUAAUGGUGGGACAGUCUUCUUUGCUAUUUUCAUGGCAAUAUGGGCCACCGUUUUCCUGGAGUUUUGGAAAAGGAGAAGAAGUACACUGACCUAUACUUGGGACCUUAUUGAAUGGGAAGAAGAGGAGGAAACACUCCGUCCACAGUUUGAAGCAAAGUAUUACCAGAUGGAGAGAGUGAAUCCCAUCAGUGGAAAACCUGAGCCACAUCAGCCUUCCUCAGACAAAGUCAGCCGUCUUCUUGUUUCUAUCUCAGGAAUAUUCUUCAUGAUUUCUUUGGUGAUCACUGCAGUGUUUGCAGUUGUAGUAUAUCGCCUGGUUGUCAUGGAACAGUUUGCAUCGUUCAAGUGGAAUUUCAUCAAACAACACUGGCAGUUUGCAACAUCUGCUGCUGCUGUCUGUAUCAAUUUUGUAAUCAUUAUGGUACUGAAUCUUGCUUAUGAAAAAAUUGCUUACCUCCUCACUAAUUUAGAAUAUCCUCGGACAGAAUCUGAAUGGGAAAACAGCUUUGCCCUGAAGAUGUUCCUCUUCCAGUUUGUCAAUUUAAACAGUUCUAUCUUUUAUAUCGCUUUCUUCUUGGGGAGAUUUGUAGGUCACCCAGGAAAUUACAAUAAACUUUUUAACCGGUGGAGACUGGAGGAAUGUCAUCCUAGCGGCUGUCUGAUAGACCUUUGCCUCCAGAUGGGAGUUAUCAUGUUUUUGAAGCAAAUAUGGAACAACUUCAUGGAACUGGGAUACCCGUUGAUCCAGAACUGGUGGUCAAGACAUAAAAUCAAACGGGGAAUCCAAGAUGCUUCUAUACCUCAGUGGGAAAAUGAUUGGAAUCUGCAGCCCAUGAAUAUUCAUGGUCUGAUGGAUGAAUACUUAGAAAUGGUUUUGCAGUUUGGUUUUACCACCAUCUUUGUUGCGGCUUUUCCUCUGGCCCCUCUUUUGGCUUUGUUAAACAAUAUCAUUGAAAUCAGACUGGAUGCAUACAAAUUUGUCACACAAUGGCGGAGACCUCUGCCAGCCCGAGCAACAGACAUAGGUAUCUGGUAUGGAAUUCUUGAAGGAAUUGGUAUAUUGGCUGUGAUCACCAAUGCAUUUGUGAUUGCUAUUACUUCUGAUUACAUCCCACGUUUUGUCUAUGAAUACAAAUAUGGCCCCUGUGCAAGUCAUUUUGAAUAUGGUGAAAAUUGUUUAAAGGGAUAUGUCAACAAUAGCCUCUCCUUCUUUGACCUGAGUGAGCUUGGUAUGGGAAAGUCUGGUUAUUGCAGAUACCGAGAUUACAGAGGUCCCCCUUGGAGUUCCAGACCCUAUGAGUUCACCUUACAAUACUGGCAUAUCCUCGCUGCUCGGUUGGCCUUCAUUAUCGUGUUUGAGCACCUUGUUUUUGGGAUCAAGUCAUUCAUUGCAUACCUGAUUCCAGAUGUACCAAAGAACCUAUAUGACCGAAUACGACGGGAGAAGUAUUUAGUCCAAGAAAUGAUGUAUGAGGCUGAACUUGAGCAUUUGCAGCAACAGCGGAGAAAAAGUGGUCAUCCUGUUCACCAUGAAUGGCCUUAGCUGACCCCUGUUGCCCAGGAGGACAAGACCAUUAGUGACAAUGACAGCAACUGCAAAGUCUAGGUGAGAUCUAGGAUGAAAGCAUACCUGCAAAUCACAUGUAUAAUAUUCUACUUGGAAAUGCAUCACACCCAUCUCUGGGAUUUGGAAUAUCUAGGCUUCUAGGGGGGAAAAAGACAAUUCAUGACAUUAAAAAAUGGUUAGGUUGACAUUGCAAGAAGCCAGGAUCUAAUUCUCAGAACCAGCCUCAGGGAGUUGUAUGUUUGGAGACCUUCAACUUCCAUCAGCUGCAGGGUAAUAGGAAGGGUGAUGGUGAGGUUUCUAGAGACAUAUUUCCAUGUAAAUGUCCAUGAGCCAGGCAGGACUUAAAGUAUCACGCAGCCUUCACUGUCCUCGUAGUCUGACUUUGAAACCUUAGGUUGAGUUGAGAUACUUAUAAGAAAUGACUUCCAUUGAUUGUUGCCUUUGCUGCCAGGACUCCAUGUCCUCAGCUUACAGGUUUAUAGAAACUUCCCUCGUUUCUUACUGAGACUGUGCCACAGUGCAUUUAUGCUGCUCCACACUCACUAUGCAGUUGAAGAGUUGCACAUGACCUUUAGCCGUCAAACCAAAAAUCUGAGAUUCCAAAAAGAAUACCAUUCAUUGAAAUCACAUUCCAUUGCAUCGGUUACAUUCAAAUCUGUUGUAUCACUGGCAGAACCAGUUGCACUGGAUUUUUUUUAUUAUUAUUACUAAAUGCCAAUAGACCCACAUACUUAUAAAAUAUAGGUGUUUAUUCUCAUAUCCUUUAGAAUACUACUAAUUCAGAUUUUACUGUGGAAGGCUGUUUUAUAGUAUAUUUAAUUUUUCCCUUGCUGAUUUAUUACAUCAACUCUCGCAGAAUAAUUUGAAAUGCUGUAAAUAUGUUGGUUUCCCUUGUACCUUUGCACCUUGACUGUAUGUAAUGCAAGUUACAAUUUAUGCAACUCUGAGACUAAUUACACAGUUAAGCCAAUGUGACUUGUUUAGUCAGGAAAACAGGAGCUGGAUGCUUUGCAGUCUUAUGCUUUUCCAAUAAUGUGCACUCUUGCUCAUGAGCUAAGGAACACAAUGCAUGGAUAUAAAUUUAUAUUAUUUGUAGAAACGACACACAUAUUUUUGAGCUAUACUUUGUUUUCAUCACUGAAGGGAGUUUUCUGUUAUUAUUUCCUUGAUAGAUUGAUUUGGUUUAUGUUUGAAAACUCUCUAGAAAAAAAAGGCAAAAUAAUUGUGAAAGAAAUCACUUUGCUUUGUUGUGGAGUUGCUAUUUCAGUGUCUACUCUGUGUCUGUGAGUAUGACUCUUCACGGAUGAGAUGGAAGCAUGGGACAUUCAACUACAGAAAGUCUGGUGAAGGCAUAAGCUAGGUGGGCAGGAUGGGAAGAAAGAGAAGAGUUGAAUUAAAGAAAUGUGCAGUAAGAAUCAAUACACUUUUCCUUGUAAAGCUAAGCUACUCUCAAUUUUCCUGCUCUGGGAAUGGGGUGAGGAAUAACAUAUAUGCAACAUAGUCAUACAUAUAUGUGAUUAUUAUGAUUACUGUUUUUCCAAUUAAUUUUUGUCCAAUUAAACAAAGCACAAUUAUUUCCCAAAUCUAUAAAGACCUGAUUAAACACAAAGGAACUAAAGCUACUUUGUAUUGGGUUGGUGCAAAAGUAACUGCAGUUUAAAAGGUUAAAAAUAAUUGCAAAAACUGCAAUUAAUUUUAUACCAACCUAAUAUAUAUGCUAGGGUUCCCCUCGCAGGAAAAUUAUAGUUUCUCUGACUAGAAAGCUGUUUUUAUAAUUCUAACACUAUUUUUUUUUUUAAUUUUCCUUCUUUCCUUCUCGGGAAAAGCUGAUAGGUUAUAGUUGUUGGUUGAUUUGUUUUUGUCAAAAUUUUAGCUUCCCUACUUGCCAUCUGAUUUUGAGCAAGAGGGAGGACCACAGACUCUAAACAUCCCUCAGAUGCCCUUGCCACGUGGGGCUCUUCCAAUCAGAUUACAGUAUCUGUAGCUGCCACCUGGUUAUUCAUAGCAACGAAUCCCCCUAACUCUACAAAGGAGUUUUAAACUCCUUCAUUUUUAUAGCAUCUACAUUUCCUCUCCUUUGUCAGUUAAAUGUAUACACAUGCCUGAGAAUAAAUACUGUCUAUGCCUGUUGAAGACAUAAAUGAAUCUGACAUUUAUGUCUUUUCCAAAUUAAGAACACAAGGCAAAGACAUUUGUCUUACGGUAGAGCAAAGAAUAAUGAUAACCGUACCUUUGAGAAUUCUUGUCUUGCUGAGUUAUUUUUAUAUAACCACCAUCAAGGUUUAAAAUCAUAUUGAUUGCCUAGAGAGAAAAAAUAUCAAAAGAGAAAGAUAUUUUUAGUAAAAAAUUAUAAGACAUUGAUUUAGACAAUGCCUUCUCUGAUGUUUUCUGAAACUGAUGGAAAAUUGGAGAAACAAUGAAAAAGUUUUCCUUUUGUGAAACAAUGUAGUAGAAUCUAGCUAUGCCUUCAUCAUCGUUGACAGCAAAAAUACUGACAGCCCUUAGGAGUAUGUUAGUUUUAGCUCACACUCCUUUAGUUGAGAGAAAUGUUUUAUACCAUCGUUUUCAUAUGAAUGCAAAUUAUUUCUCAAAGAUUUAUAUAGCACACACUAUUCUCAGGAAUUCUGUAUUACAUGAAUGCUGCUUAUAUAUUUUCAUAUUCUAAAUUGUUGUCUUUUCAAGCAAAUUAAUAUAUGUAUGCAUGUAGUCAACCUUGACAAGUUGUUCAAAACUGAAGUGCUUUCACAGUGUUGUGUGUGGGAAAUUGCUUGAGAUUGUAACAGAAAUAGUUUGUAAUUGUCUGAAUCUGUGCAUGCAUGUUUUGAUGAAAUGCUGCUGAGUGACUGCAUGAGGUACAACUUUCAAAUGCUGCACAUUCUUCCAGAACAACUCUUAGCACAAUCUAUUGCAGAAUGGAAUGAAAAGAAACCUUUUUCACUCAAUAAAUUAUCAUGUGAUUUUUUUUCCUAUAAUGUGCAUGUUAAGUUUAAUGCUGCUUGAUUUUUCAAUAUUAAGUUGGGAUAUGUUGAGUGGGUAUGGGGAGAGGGGACUGCUCGUUCUUCAGCUCUUUAAGGCCCUAGUUUUCUAUUCUUGCAAGCCCUUCCCCUACUCUUUAAGUUUUGAUGUUUGUCCUCUGAUAAACUAAUUGUCAUCAUCAAAGCAUUUGCACAUGGAAGUGCAGAUGUGGUAUCGUAUUGAUCCUAAUAGUGCUUUGUGCUGGAAAUGGAGGGGAGAAGAAGAUUGCUUCGUUCUUAUGAGGGUAAUAAUGUUUCCAUUGCCCAGAAGCAUUUUUUUUUCACACUUGAGCUGUCUCUACUAAUCAUCAUCAAAAUCUCCUUAGGACAGGAAUUUUAGCAUAGAUACAGUUCAUGCCAAGGAAAGAGGACAUGUAGACGCACUGUAGCCAACCGUCAAUAAGAGACUACCACACGGACCAUUUUUUUCUCCAUUUGAUAGUCAAAAUUGAAAAUCCAAGUUACCUGAUGAGUUACUGAACUGAUAUGGCUGAAUUGAUUUGUCUGUCAAUUGGGGGGCAGGGUAGACAUAGGCUCCGUGUGUGAUGUGUGUGUCUGUGUGUGUGUGUGUGUGUGUGUGAGAGAGAGAGAGAGAGAGAGAGAGAGAGAGAGAGGAGAGAGAACGCAUACUUUGUGUGUGUGUAAAAACCAGUGGACAAUUACUCUCUCUGAGAUAUGCCCAACUUAGUCCUACUAUGGUCAUCAGGUAUUUCCAUCCCAUUUUCUCUCAGAUCACAGUAUUAUAACAGGCUAAUAGUCAUAGGUUAUAUCCAGGGAACUAGUUAAUAUCUUAUCUUUUUCCUGGUAUUCUCAGUAACUCAGAAAAGAAUCUCUUGGAAAGGCCUGAAAAACCCAACUUCUGAUGGAAAGGUGAGAAUUUUCCACAGGCACUUCUAUUUCAAAUGAAAUGUGCCAACAAUACAUCGUCCAAGAAGAUUGCUUGGGUUCUAGCUUCUUGAAUCAUUGACUAAGUUGGGUUCCUGAUAGCUGGCAUUUAUGUGUUCGUAAUGGUGAUAAGUUACCUUCAAUUGAACUUGCCAUCUGGGUUCAUCUGAAAUACCACCCCCAUGACCACAUUUGAUGGUUUUCUUUCUAGAGAACACAGUCGUAGCCACUGCAUCCUAGCUACAUUCACGUUAAGGCAUCUUUUUUAGGAAAGUGAAAUGAAAGCAGACAGGUAAAGAACAGACUCACAUGUGGGACCAGAUCCAGUUCUUGUGCCAUCAAAGUCUAUCUCAGGGAGAAGAAGCCUAGAUGUUUAAUCUUACUGCUUUAUGUGGGGCCCAGCACAAUUCUCCCCAUAGAAAGCCUCUUGUUUUAUGCACAGCUGGCCCAAAGUGGGAGUCUAGAGUACACUAGAUAGUCAGCUAUGUGGAUGCUGCUUUGUAUGUUUCCUAAGAAAGAAGCGGGUAAGGUUUUCAGGCAUGUACCGAUAUUGACUUUUUCAGAAUAUUUAUUUCCAUUGCAAUUUUUAUUCUCUGUGUGGGAAAAACAGCGUCUCUGCUCUUUAGUUUCCAAGAAGCAAAAAUUUCCUAAAUUAUUAGUUGAAAAACAAAACUUAAUGAGAUCUAUUUAGAUAUUCCUCGCAGAAAUAAUUGUCAUUGAAAUAAUUGUAGAUGUCUAUCCUCAAGCUGCCUCAAAACCUUCAUAAUUAUUUUGUCAGUUUCCAUACCACUCACUACCAGGUGAACACUUUAGGCCAAAUGUAAUCUCUUUCCUAACAAGUAGUAUGAGCAGACUUUUCCCAACGAUUUUGAUCCAGUGUACUUUUUUUGAUGAUUUUUUUUUUCUAAGUGGAAAGAGAGAGACUGAAUGGUCAAAACAAUGUGAUGGCAAAGAGAAUUGCAGAAGCAAUGGUUUGGGGAUGGUGGAGGUACUUUGGAGAUGGUAGGGUCUUUCUUACUAAAGCAAAAGCGUCCAAUUUGCAGAUCUUAUUUCAGUAUCUGCUGUGCACACACCCUGUCUUAUUCCUGACUGAAAAACAACUGCAGUUUAGUUCAUCUUUUAACAUUCAAAAGAAAUGAAGGUUUUUCUUUUUCCUUGUUUUUCUUUCUUUCCUUAUCUAUUUUAAGAAUUUAAAAUGCUAAAUCUAGUAAGCUUAGAUUGCAGUGAAAACUCCAACUAAAGAAUAAAUGUGUCAGUUUUCAAUGUUAAAGAUGCAAAUGCACUUAAAAAUACAGGCUAUUUUUUCCUUCGGGGAAUAUGUGGCUAUUGGCCUCUAUAUUGUACUUUUCAAGUGGAAAAGAGCUAUUAGAGUCCUGUAAUUAAUGAGUGGAUAUGGGGAAGGCCAGAAGAAACAGAGCGGAUUUCUCCACUCUGAAACCCUUUUUUUCUCAACAAGAGAAAUUAUGUUGCAACCAUAAUUUAGCCAGAAGAUUAUAAAUAUUUUUUCUUUAUUGAUAUAGAUAUGUAGAUAUGGAUACAUAUUGUUGUUCAUCAUUAAACAUUCCUUCCAAACUCUCAUAAGAAAUUUGAAAGCCGAUUUAAGGAAGCUUUGAUCUGUUGAAAUAGGCUGAAUCUGUUUUUAAGCUGAUGUCUUCAGGUCAGCAUUCUUAAAAAUAAUAAACAAUAAAGGUAUAUAAACAUUUAUAAUGUUGAUUCCAAAUCAAUACCAUUGCCUGAUUGCUCAGUUAUCUACACUUCCGACUAUAUUAUACUGUAAUAAAUAAGCAAUGUAAGAAUUACUCAUGUUUUUCUUACAUGGCAGCUAUAUUAGGACAUUAAAUCAUUACACUAUAUGAAAUUCUUCUUAGCUUCUUAAAGUGUGAAAGCAGAUUCUGUAAUUGGGAACUAACUGGAUGUUUUGAACAUCUGUGUACACCUUUGCUUUAAUAUUAAAAAAAAACAAAACAGAUGAAUUGCUGUUUCUGGAAAUUCCCGAGGACAAAAAGGUCAAGGUCCAUAAAAGAUAUCAUGAUUAUAUAUUGCUUUUCUUGAUUUAUAGUAAUCUACUAAGUCUUAAAACCCUCUUGAUGGUAAUUUCUAUGUGUAUUCGUGUGUGCACACAUGCUUGUCCUAAACCCUUGAUAGCCCAUAUAUUACAGGCACUAUACAAAACACUGAAAAAGAAAUCAUAUAAUAUGUCAAACCUUAUUUUGACAUAUGUUUACUUGGUCACUUGGUAGACCUACCUUAAUAUGUUAAGUUUAUAUAAAUUAUUUUCGGGUAGAUCACUAUUUUGCAUCCUACU